GAUGUCAGCUCAUCAAACCCAGCCUGAUCUCUUGUUUGGAAGCAGAAGAAGAGUUAAAGACAGUGGAGAGAGGUGUUCUCCGAGAAUGGGUACUGCAGCUGAACACCAAAGCGACAGCAAUUCAACAAGAUAUUUUUUGGUUAAAAACAUCAAAUGAGAUACAGCUGCAGGCAAGGAACCAACAAAUAGAGAAGUUCUGUGGCCUUCAGCCAUGUGGACAAAUCUUCAAAGAACCCUCCUGCCUUCUGACACAUGUGGGUACACAAAAUGGAGGAAAUACUUGGGAUUGUGGUCAGUAUAGAAAAGACUUCUCUGCUCUGCCCAAGAAUAUGUCUUCUACAGACCAACUUCCUGUGUUCAGUCAGUAUGGAAAAGACUUCAGUCUGACUCAAAAUGUGGCUUACCAGACACUGUGUCCACAACCAAAAUCUUUUGAAUGCAGUGACCUUGGGCAAGCCUUUGUCAGUGAGCCACAGCUUCAGGUGCAUGGGAGAACUCAGAGUGAAAACAAACUCUUUGAAUGGACACAAUCCAUUAAAAGCCAUGAGGCUUUUAAUUCCUCCAUGAGUCGUGGUGCACAUGUUCAAACAUAUACUGGGAGAAAACCUUACGAAUGCAAGGAAUGUGGGAAAAGUUUUAAAUAUUCUGCCAAUCUUAAUAUUCAUAUGCGAACCCAUACAGGGGAAAAACCUUAUCAGUGUAAGGAGUGUGGGAAAGCCUUUUCUAGGUGUUAUCCACUAACUCAGCACUUAAAAACUCACACUGAAGAGAAGCCUUUUGAAUGUAAGGUUUGUGGAAAAUGCUUUAGAAAUUCCUCAUGCCUUAAUGAUCACUUUCGUGUUCACACUGGACUGAAACCCUACAAAUGUAAAGACUGUGGGAAAGCAUUCACAGGGCGCUCUGGCCUUAGUAAACAUUUACCAACUCACACUGGAGAGAAGCCGUAUGAAUGUAAGGAAUGUGGGAAGGCCUUCACUUCCUCCUCUGGUCUUAUUAAACACAUGAAAAGUCAUACAGGAGAGAGACCCUUUGAAUGUGACCAUUGUGGGAAGGCUUUUGCUUCUUCUUCAUCCCUUAUUACACAUUCGAGAACCCACACUGGAGAGAAGCCUUUUGAGUGUAAGGUAUGUGGAAAAGCGUUUACAUGUUCUUCUUACCUUCGCAUCCACAUGCGAACUCACACAGGAGAAAAACCUUAUGAGUGUAAGGAAUGUGGCAGAGCCUUCACUGAGCGUACAAGCCUCACUAAGCACCUGCGAACACACACUGGAGAGAACCCCUUUGAAUGUAACGUAUGUGGGAAAGCAUUUGCGUGUUCCUCCUACCUUCACAAUCACAUACGAACUCACACCGGUGAGAAACCUUACAUAUGUAAAGAAUGUGGGAAAGCCUUCACUGUUUCCUCACACUUAAGUAAACACAUAAGAAUUCACACAGGUGAGAAACCCCAUAAGUGUGAGGAGUGUGGGAAAGCCUUCACUGUGCGCUCAGGCCUCACUAAACAUGUGCGCACUCACACUGGGGAGAAGCCCUAUGAUUGUAAGGAAUGUGGGAAAGCCUUCACCACGUCCUCAGGCCUCCUCGAGCACAUAAGAAGUCACACAGGAGAGAAACCAUAUGAAUGUGACCAAUGUGGGAAAGCCUUUGCUUCCUCCUCGUACCUUAUUGCACAUUUGAGAAUUCAUACUGGAGAGAAGCCCUUUGAGUGUAACUUGUGUGGGAAAGCUUUUACAUGUUCCUCCUACCUUCACAUUCACAUGCGAACUCACACUGGGGAGAAACCCUAUGAGUGUAAGGAAUGUGGUAAAGCCUUUACUGUUUAUUCACACCUAAGUAAACAUGUAAAAACUCACAGUACAGAGAAGCCCUAUAAAUACAAGGAUUGUGGGGUAGCCUUCAAUACUACUUCUCAUUGUCCUGAACAUGGAAGAACACUAGAGAAAAACCCUUUGGAUGUAAGGAGUGAGGAAACUACUUUAGGAAACCCACUUGCCUUAGUAUUACAUUCAAAUUCACAGUGGCAAGAAACUGUAAGUCAUGCAUAGUGUUCAUUUGUCCUAAAAGACCUGAACUUAAGACCUAAAAGAACUCACGGUGAGAAGAACAAUGUAAAGUCAAUGUAAAGAACAUAAAUCAUCAGAAUCAGCUUACAAUUCAGCUUGCAAGGACUUUGAAGCUGUACAGUGUCAGAAAGGUGGAAGGACGUCCCUGUCCUGAAAUCUCACUCAAAUAUGUGAGAUCUUCCAAUGGAGAGAAGCUAUUGAUGCAACAUGGGGAAAAGUUGUAAUCUGCUGAGCACUUUGAUGGUUGCUUGUGAUAUCACAAUGGACAAAGAUUUCAUGAAAGUAAGAAAUGUUAAAAAAAAUCAUUGUUUACACUAUUCCUCAACCUUUAAUAAAAUGAUUCUUACUUGAGAAACUAUUCAUGUAUAGAAUACAAAGAUUGCUUCUCUGUGUUCUGAAAUCUUAUAUGCUGAAGAGACAUGGCUUUCUUGGUGAUUUUGUAGAUUUAUUUUGAACAUUUGCAGUUUCAAUAUUUGAAAUAUUUUUGAAUAUUUGUAAAUUUUUCUUUUCAGCUUUAAAUACUUAAUUUUUGCUGUAGUCCAACUUUUUCCUCUUACCUCUACUAAAAUAUGGCUGACAAGUAAAACAUACAUAAAAUGAAAUAGUUUCCACAGUCAGGCUAAUUAAAAUACCUCUUACGUGAUAUAGUGACCUUUCUUUUUGGUGUUGUAAAACACGUCCUACUCUCAGCAAAUUCAGGUAUAAAGUACGUUGUUACUAACUGUAUUCACAUGCUGUAUAUAAUGUCUCAAGAACUUAAUUCAUCUUUUACCUAAAAGUUCAUGCCCUUUGACAAAUACCUCCUUAUUUCUCCCAACCCCUACCCUGUAGUAACCACAACUGUAGUUUUUCCUUCUGUGAGUUUAACUUAGAUUCCAUAUUUAAGAAUGGUCAUGCAGUGCUUGUGUUUUUAUGUCUGUUUCACAUAGCAUAAUGUCUUUCAGAUUCAGCCUUUUUGUCCUAAUGGCAGAAUUUCCUUUUUUAAAACUGUAAGUAUUCCAUUAUACAUACGCAUCAUAUUUUUUUAUUCAUACACAAAGGAACACUUAUGUUAUUUCUGUACCUUGGCUAUUAGUACUGCUGCAUUGAACAUAAGAGUACAUAUAUUUCUUUAGGGAGUCAUUUUUGUGGAUGAAU